AUGAGCAAUAUCAACCACGAGGGUGCUCAGUUACACCAACGGGAGCCGGAUGUUCCUAAUCGAGGAUCUGGAAGGAUACUUCAACGGCUCUGGGAUAAAAUGCAUUCACCUCGAACAGAACCAACCAAAAAAGCGCUAUCAAGAGGAUGGUGGGUCAGGAUACGCUGGCAUUUCUGGACUCUUACACCAUGUCUCAUCACUGGAGUUCUCCUCUGGCUCAACCUCUCCAACUUCUCUACCGGUCGGGAGAUUGCGAUUGGGCGGCGCAAUCCGGAAGUCACAAGCUUCGUCCUUGGAGUUGUCGCAGGGUGCGCAAAGGCUCACGAAAUCAUAAUGGUGGUCGGGCUGCUUAAUAUAGCGAGGCAGGCUAUCCAACGCGGGUUGACCCAAGGCGGUACAUUACUUGGGCUUCUAGGUGCUGAGAAAUCCCUCUCGACUGUCCUCUUCAUCUCCUCACUGGAGUUCCGCGCCGCAUGGAAAUAUGGCUUUUCUGAGGGACCGCGGAAAUUAAAAAUAAAGAUUCGCAAAAUUGUGGUAGUUAUCGUCGUAGUUUGCUGUCUAUGUACGGUGGUGGGUCCGGCGACCUAUGUCUUGAUGGUUCCUAGACUCAAUUGGUUCGACGAUAAACCGUUGGCGUGGAACCACCCUAACUAUACAUAUGGAAUUUAUCCUCGCUGCUGCCCCUAUAUCCUCAUCAAUCCUUCACUUGUUUAUUCGAACCUCACGGAUACAACUGAAGAUACCAGGGGGGAUUUAUAUACCUUCGGGACUCCUGAGUUCCCCAAUUACAACUACUGGCAAGCAGUUCCGACUUUCGACCUGCGUGAUGGUACCCCAUAUACAAACAACAACACUAACCCGGAGAACAGAACGAUGUCACAUGUGCAUCAUUAUAUGAACUUAGGUUUACCGGUGACGGUUAAUACCACAUGGUCACCAGGACGUUCGCUCGACGCGCGGGAGAGAAAGGCUAAGAACGGAACUAUCUUCUCAACUGCCUGGAUAUUUGAUAUAGACCUUGCGACUUACGCCCUAAAGUCUUUAUAUCAACCGGCUCCAAAAUAUGCCCUAGCGCCACUCCGGCUUAUCGCGGACAUGACUGGUAUUUGGUCCGAAACUACAUGCAGGCGGAGAAUUAGCAAGACCGUGCCGGGCUCAAAUUCAAGCUUCUCCUUCGAAUCUGUCACUUCCGGCUCGAUUGGCGGUUCGGAAGUACCUAGUAGUCGUUUGAUUCUAUUAUACGAUAAAAAGAAUAUAACAUAUAUGGGUUCGCAUGAAGCGGAUGUCAAUAUAUCAAAGAUUUGGAUCACUGAGGGUUGGGUGGAGGGGGACCGUAGCGACUUCACCAACAAACUUAUGGUUGUGCUUCAAGACGACAACUCCACCGGUACUGUGAUAGUUUGUUCGAACGUUGUCACUUUAAGAUCCGUCAAGGCGACCUCAGCCACAACACCAUUUGAUGCAAACGAGCUGGACGGAAGCAGUGGCAGUCUGAACUACUUUCCUGUUGGAAACCCGAGCUCCACUACUACUGAACGAAAGCUACUUUAUCAUAAGGAGUGGCUUGACUCGAUCAAUAGUGUGAGGCCGGGGAAUGGGCAAGGAGAUGAUGACAUACGUCAGUAUCCGAACUGGACAGUCCCUCCCGCAAGAGAGCCGCUAGAACCCACCCAAAACAGCGCUCUUCAAUUAUGGGCAGAGUGGAUUGCUCAACUGAAGUGGUCUAACUAUUCGGACCCGGAUCCGACUUUGCUUGAGCUAGGAGUCGGGGGUGCUUUCAUAUCAGUCAUUUCGAGACUAUACCCAUCGAACACGCAAUACAGCCCAGUAAUACAGGACCACUACGGAGAUGAUGGCGAAUUUAGCAAUUCCUUUAAGUCAGGUGGACCUCCGGACGCUCUUAUGGCGGAACCAAUGAUAGAGUUUCUCGGGUCUUUGUGGCAGUUGCGCAGAGGCGGUACAAUAAUCAAAGCUUGGGGCACAGUCGCGGAGUACGGGACGCUGUGCCUAGGUACAAGCCCUGAAAGAGCACCUCUUGAGAAUGCAUGCGCCGGAAUCAAGUCAGGAACAACUCUACAAACUCUUGUUGGGAUUAGAGAGAUAGAUGGAGCAGGAGCGGGUUCGGGGGUCAACCUGGAAUUAACUGUUCUACCUCCGGAGCCCGAGGCCGUGGAAGAGCAAGAAAAGCUUCCGCGGCCUGGAAGUGUGUAUGGAGCUCCCCCUCGCGUUGGGAAUGAGGGGAGUAUUAUUGGGGGUAAGAUCUCAGGAACUGUUGGUGUUAGGUCUGUUUCUGCUCCUCCUGGGGGUGCUACUACACUUGAAGAGUAA